GAUGUUUGAACAAUUUUCUCGAAAAUGAGUGAAAUUUGUGUCGUAGCGAUCGUAAACCGUGAUAAGGCAGGUUAUUUGCUACAUAAAAUCGUCGAAAAUAGCAACAAUCGAUAACCUUGGUUGUAAUAAGAGGACAAUAAUGUGUACUUUGAGCCCCUCCACUUCGCUUGACAACCUGUUGUUUGUCAACGUGUGUGUGACGUGUAACUUAACCUACAAAAGUCGGAUGUAACGUCAGCAAGCGAUAGAGCGAUAGCUAGGUAGCUGCUUGCAGUUGGUGGCGAUUAGUGAGUAAAUUCGGACCCCAAGAUGCGGCAGCUCAAAGGUGGCAAACAGAAGGAGUCCUCAAAGGAGAAGAAGCAGCGGAAAAAGGAGCAAGCCGAAAUCCAGAAGCAAGUGAAAACCAUCGUGGUCCCAGCCCUCUGUGUCAUGUUUGUUUUCAUAGUAGUGUACGUUUAUUUAAAGACCCGCCCCGCCAGCUACGCCAUGGAUUGAACACUUGUUUCCUACUCGACAAAUUAUUUUUAUUAAUAAAAAACCGUGAAAAAAUGUA